AUUUCUUCAUCUCUGUCUAACAUUCCGGACAAUUUUCAUGCCCCACUUGUGUCCUUUGUCCUCCUUAGUGGCUCAGUGCCGCCUAGACCUUAAUUUAUGUGCUUUGUCUCCUCCCCAUAUAUUGGUUACAUCUCAUCUAAAGUGAUAUUAUUUUCUAGGCUUAAGUAUAUUGGUUCAUCACUUGUGCAUUAGGCUUGCUUGGAUUCUGGUUUUUGCUAUGUUAUCAAUCAUGGAAUCAAUGAGGAAUUCAUGGAUGAGGUUUUUUCCCAAAGGAAAAUGUUCUUUGAUCUACCCAUAAAGGAAAAAAUGAAGCUUCUGAGGAACAAGAAGCAUCGAGGAUAUACCCCUAUUUUAGAUCAACAUUUGGAUCCUAUCAAUCAAGUACAUGGAGAUUACAAGGAGGGAUAUUAUAUUGGUGUUGAAGUACCUGAUGAUGAUUCUGACGCAAAGAAGCCAUUUUACGGGCCAAAUGUUUGGCCUCAACAGGAUGGAGGCGAACUAUGGAUAAAUACCAUUGAGAAGGACUAUAACUUUGUCAGGCCUCUAUUUUAUCAGAUAGAACUCUAG